UAAGUGCUCUCAUUGUAUACAAUCCCAUGUAAAAUUUCUAGAGAACCCACGUAGAAUUACAAUCCCAUGUAAAAUUUCUAGAGAGCCCACGUAGAAAUUCUAGAGAGUUACUGUAAAAUGUAGAGAGAGAGAGAUCACGAUUAAAGUUGCCAUGCAGGUUCUCUAUUUCUUUUGGGUAAUUUGUGCAGCUUCUCUAUCAUGUCUAAGUUUUAGAACCACUCUCCAAUGAAUCAAGCGCCUCGAGUCGAGAGUAGCGGCGUUACGAUGCAGUUUUCAAACCAGUCUUUUUCCGUUCUCUCUCUCUCUAGACGAACACCCAAUGCUUCGACCUAUAUUCAGAGAAGCCCAUUACUCGCCAUACUUUCUCUCUUUACUACUGGACAAGUGCUCAUGCAUGACCCACUUGAACCAAGCACAUGCAUUCAUGAUCCCGAGGGGCCUGGAUCAUGACAACCUUUCUGUAAGUAAAUUCAUAAGCACCUGCUCUCUCUUGGGCUAUCUCAAUCAUGGCUACACUCUUUUCUCUCUCAAGAAAGACCCCAAUAUCUAUCUCUACAACACCAUGAUCAGGGCCUUCUCUCAAUCCCACUCCGCCAAAGAAUCGAUCGUUUUGUUCGAUCGAAUUCGGCUCAUGGGGUUCAGUCCAGACACCUAUUCUUUCCCUUUCGUGCUCAAAGCUUGUGCCCACCUGUCUGCCAUCAAAGAGGGGAGAGAGAUUCAUGCCCAAGUCAUUCGAGUCGGGUUUGGAUCAGAUGUCCAUGUCCAAACAGGUCUCAUUCAUAUGUACUCAAAUUGUAGUGUUCUGUUGGAUGCUAGAAGAUUGUUCGAUGAAAUGUCUCAUAGAGAUUUGAUCUCAUGGAAUGCUAUGAUUGCUGGCUAUGCAAAACUUGGAGAUAUCGAUACGGCCCAUGAGAUUUUUGAACAGAUGGAUGAGAGGAAUGUUAUUUCAUGGACUGCUGUGAUUUCUGGGUAUGCCCAGAUGAACCGCUCUAACGAAGCGAUCUCGCUCUUUAGGAGAAUGCAACUGUCGAAUGUGAAACCCGAUGAGAUCUCCAUGCUCAGUGUUCUAUCGGCUUGUGCCCAAAUGGGGGCACUUGAUCUCGGGCAAUGGAUUCAUAACUACAUAGACAAGCAUAGAUUAUACAGAAUUGUGCCUUUAAUCAAUGCGCUUAUUGACAUGUAUGCGAAAUCGGGCCAUAUUGAUAAGGCAUUGGAAGUCUUUGAAAAGAUGCCUCAAAGGAGUGUGAUAACAUGGACUACCAUGAUUGCCGGCUUGGCUUUUCACGGGCUCGGUGAAGAAGCCCUCACAAUGUUUUCUCAAAUGGAGCAGGUGGGUCUGGUGCCGAGUGAUGUUACCUUUAUUGCGCUCCUAUCUGCCUGUUGCCACAUGGGAAUGGUAGAGGCUGGAUGGGGUUACUUUCAUAAAAUGAUCUCAAAGUAUGGCAUUUCGCCUAAAAUUGAGCACUACGGGUGUAUGGUUGAUCUUCUCGGGCGAGCCGGGAGGCUAAAAGAGGCACGAGAGCUCGUUAGAGAGAUGCCAUAUGAAGCGAAUGGGGCGAUAUGGGGGGCCUUACUAUCAGCAUCUAGAGUUCAUAAUGACGUUGAGCUUGGGCAGCUAGCACUUAAACAUCUAAUUGAGGUUGAGCCCCAUAACAGUGGGAAUUAUAUCCUUUUAUCAAACAUAUAUGCAUCACUAGGGAGAUGGGAUGAAGUGGGCAAAGUCAGGAGGUUGAUGAGAGAUAGAGGGGUGAAGAAGAUGCCCGGAGGCAGUUCGAUCGAGGUGAAUGGCAUUGUCCAUGAGUUUGUUGUGGGGGACGAUUCACACCCUAACACUAAGGAUUUAUUCGAACUUCUAGCUGAAAUCAAUGGGCAGUUAAAGAUGGCAGGAUACAUUCCUUAAGUAUCCGACAGUUGGCGAGGGGUGAGGAGAUAGUCACUACUCAUCUCAUGCUGGGUGGUCAGGCUCUCAGAUUCGUCAUUUAGUCCUUUGAGAAGAUUCCUCACGCCCGAGGCGAAUUUGUUUUGCUCGUGUUGCAAAACCCAAGGAACAAAUUGUCUCGCCCAAGUCGGCUUCGUU